AUGAAACUAUCAAGUGCUUCUGGUUGCUAAUAAAGAGAAUAAGAAAAAGGAAAUAAAGAAUUAAAUAAAUUAUCCAAGUUGUUAAAUAAAUAUAUCUAUUAUAAAGUCCUUACAAAUUACCAAUAGGAAUUAAAUCUAGUAAGCCAAGUGAUUCUACUCAAAAGAUGGAAUGGGAAAAGUUAUAUGAAGAGAGUCAUUAAUUAAAAUUAUUAGUAAAUUAAUUUAGAGAUGAGAAUAUACAAUUUUAAGGACUAAAAAUGCUAAUUUAGAGGUAAACAUUUAUUGAUAUUCUUAAAAGGAAGAUUUAAUCAAGUGCACAAAUAUUAUAAAAGAGAUGGAAUAGACAGGAAAUAUGAAAAGAUUGUAUUAAACUCCAACUUAAGAUAAUUAAAUGAUUUUAAACCUGAAAACUUAAGUCAAAUCUUUAAAUGAACAAUUAUAAGAUUCCAAAUAAGAACUAUAAAAUAUGAAGAGAACUUCUAAAUACACUAAAUAAACAGAAUUGGAAAUAGAAUGUAAAUAAUUUUAAGAUGAGACUAUAAGACUAUCUUAAAUUACAGAAUAGUUGAUAAAUGAUAACAUUUAUUAAAAAUAAUUUGAAAAUGAGCAGAAUAAAUUGAAAGAAAUACUAAUGCAAAGAGAACAACUCAUAAAACAAAUGCAAGAAGAAUUAGAAUAUUAUAUGGAAGAGAAUAAAGCACUAUCUGAAAAACUCUAAUAAAUGGUUCAAGCUUAUCAAGAACUUGAUAAAGUGUAUAAUAAAUAUUAGAAUGAAGCCAAAAAUAAACUCAAAAUUAAAGAAAAACAAAUAUCCGAUCUUAAAAAUGAUAUUAAUAGAAUUUCCUUAAAUACAAAAUAAUCAAAGCAAAUUACUAUUAAGAAACCCAAUCCUUAAAAAAUUAUUGAAAAAUCCAUUAAUAAUACUACCAAAAGAGACUAAUCAUUCAAAAACAAUAAUAAUUUGAUUAAUAACAGCAAUAAAAAUAAUAUUUUAGGCUAAAGUGUAAAUAGAUCAAUGAUGGACUUAAUUGAAUAACCUGUCGAACCGCAUGAACUUUCGGAAAUAAGUAUAUUUAUAAAAUAAUGUAGGGUUGGAAGUAAGACUAAGAUUAAGCUAAGCUUAAAUUCCAGCUGUAAAAUUAGAUCGGAUCUACUAUUGAUUUCAACUCCCUUUAUAAUAGAUUAACUAAGCAACCUUUCCUAUUAGAUGAGCCAAAUGCGAUGUUACUUGCUAGUUAUCUUAUUGAAAAGCACAACUAAUAAUAUCCUUAAAAUAUAAAAAUCAAUUUAACUUAAUAGAAUGAAUUUAAAAAUCAGAAUUUAUUAAUAUUAUUGGAUUUUGGCCUAUUUAUGAUAAGGUUGAAUCCAAAAUUCUAGAAACUAAUCUUUCAAGAUUGUUUACUAAAAAUGUUAUAUUGAUAGAGUAAAACUUAAUGACUAAAACUUUAAAUACUUAGAGUUAUUUAUUUUGCUUGAUUAAUUGUUGAAAUAAUAUCAAUUGAGUCUUAAAUAAAUGGAGUAAUAAUAUCUUCUCUUAAAAGUACAUUAAUAAAUUAUUCAGUUAGGUAAUUAAAGACUGCCUAAAUAUUAGAAAAAUAAAUGGAUCUUUGAUUUAUAAAUAUUUAAAGGAAAUAUGUGAUUCAUUGUUAUCUAUUUAAUAAAAUAUAAGAGAAAGGAGGAACACCUAUGAAUUAUAAUCAUCCCAUUAAUACAUAUAAAAAUAAUUCUUAUCUUUUCUCUACUUUUAUCGAGAUAGGAUCUCAAUCUAAACUGAUAAAUUGUUCACAAUUUAAUUAUCAGAUUUCUACUGAAAUUAAUCUUGUUUAAAUUAAAUAUUAAAAAGCCUAUCAAUUUAUUAAUUAGCAUCCUUAAAACCAUUAUAUUAAAAGUAAUAAUGUAAUUAAAUAAUAAAUUCUGAUAACUAAAAAGAAUAGAAAAGAAAACCAGCUAUAAUAAUACUAUGAAGUUUUCAUAAAAUAGAGGUAAAGGAAAAAAUUCGAGGAAGAUGAUGAUUUAGAUAAGUAUUAUUUCGAAGAAAAUGUUAUUAAAGAUGAUGAUUAUAAAUAAGAUCACAAUUUUAAUGAUUAUAGUGAAAUGUAUUCUGAAAGUUAAUAUAAAUAUUAAAUCAAAAAUAAAACAAAUAAAUCAGAUAAUUAUGAAUAAGAAGGAAAAUGA